AUGCCCGGCGACGACCGAUUCCCUGGCGUGAACGGUGGCAACACCGGACAAAUCGUCUACGCCGUCUGCGUGACUGCAGUGGGCACUUUCUCGUGUUUACUCAAUGGUGCAGGAACUAUUGAAGCUACAGUCACGGUCGACGAAAUUGAAGCCAGACAUCCUGGCAUCUUUGGCCCGAAUGGCGGGUACUCGCGAGCGCUAUCUGUUUCGAGCAUGAGCUGGACUGCGGGAGCAUUCAUCGGCCCUAUCUUGUCCGGAUAUCUCACCGAACAAAUCGGCUACUAUGAAAUGAAUUACGUAAUCGCGGUUCUGUGCGCCCUGUCCACCGUGAACGCUCUUUGGAACCUCAAGUCCAAGACCCGGGCUAGUAGCUAA